AUGGGAUGCUGCUCCUCAGGAAGAAAUAAGCCGCAUAGAGAUGAUACUGCACUUAAGCUGGAUGGCUCUAACAGCUCAAUAGAAGCUUCCCCAACAAAUGUGCAAUGGGUAAAAGAUUACCUAAAAAUCGUUAUAAAGGAAAUCCACUUAACGAAAACAAUUGAAAGAAUCCUGAAAAAACCGAAUGAAAUUUAUUUCAAAAUAAAGGUCAAAAGUCUUGUACAAGACACUACACCUGCUACUAUAGAAGGAUUACAUUAUACGUGGCCUGAAGUUGAAGAGUUUAAAAUAAACUUAGACAAAGACCUUGGGCUGCUUGAAAUUAUCUUAUGUGCUAAGAAAGAUGAACUAGAAACAGAGCUCGGUUAUGUAUGUGUAGAUAUAGAAGUGUUCAAAAAGCAUGUAAAGUUUUCUGGAAGUGCCCCAAUUUACUACAGAUGUUUAAAGACUGGAAUGGUUAUUUGCAUAUAUAUUAAAAUGGCGUCGGGAAACUGAGAGGCCUUAUGGAAAGGAGAAUGGCGUUCGGUGGUGUGCAUCCGGUCAGGUUUUACUUGUCUUGGUGGAGCGCAAUGUCGAACUAGACCGACUGUAGCUCAUUCUAGGUUGGUUUUACCUCUGGGGAAGAUGGAGGCUCGGUGUUGGAAAGAGAAUGCCCAGCAAAGUCCUUGAGCCAAUCGGGUAAUUUCCUAGCGCGAUGCCGGAGUUGCGCCCUGGGCAGUGAGUUCCACCUUAGUGAUUCUGCCAGGAAAUCCAAGUUAGGUGCAUGGCAUGGUGACCCAUCCCACUGCACUCCAGUUAGUGCACAAGCCUAUUGUCGGGGGGAGCAUAGAUGAUAGAUAGACGGCAGGCAGUCGUAAAGCAAGGCGGAGAUAAAUAUCCAUUCUAGGAAUCACAGGGAGCUUUUCUAUAAGUUUAACUAAGAACUAGGAAUGGUUCUUUGCGAUAUCUCGAAGUACAGCUCUGUGAAUGAUGUAAAUUUUGUAACAUUAGGCAAUAUCUCAGGAGAAAGUAUGCAGUUUUUAUAUUUGCCAGCAAAAGACUACCCAAUACAAUAUACAUCUGUAAUUAAUAGAACUCCUCAAUUUGUAUCAGGAAAUUCCUCAAAUUCGAUAGAGAAUGGAGUUGCUGUGGAUGGGAGCAAUAUGAAUAUUAUUACACAUAUAAAAGACCCUAAGGUGUCUUUUCAAGAUUUAUCGCAGUGUUUGAAAAUUGAGUCUCCUGAUGUAAUCUAUCACGCAUGCGAAAAGUUAAGGUUUUUUGCAUGCCAGUCUUCUUAUGCAGCUAUGUUGGUAUCAAAUGAUCUUGAUGUCAUUCAACACAUUUUAUUCUCAUACUCGCAAGACCCAUAUGUCUCUUUACAAACCCUUUGAGUCUUAUAUAGAAUUACCGAAAACUCUUCUGAGGUAUUCAAAAUUUAGAUUUAUAACCGCUGAAACAAAGACAAGCACAGAAUUAUAUCUACGAUUGUUAAAAUCUGAAAAGAGUUUCACAGCUUAGAAUGUGUUAGUCUAUGCAUCGAAAUCGUUGUAAAGUACAUCCCCGAUAAUAUUAUAAAAACGAAACUAGUAAAAUCUAUUUAGAUUUAUCUUUGCUCUCAAGAGCACAUGAUCCAGCUGAUUUUUGAGACACUUACUUCUCCCCUCUAUUAGUGAACAAAAAAUUUUGUUCCUCACGGAAGAGGGUUAAAUUUUAUAAUUUUUUUUUUCGAAAAUUUUAAAAGUACCCAAUUGAAAUAGCUUUGAGGCAAAUAUUAAAAAAUUUAUGUUUUCAAACGCAAGUUUUUAAAAUUAAACAGAAUUAGCUAGAGAUUUCAUUAUAAUAAUUGCCACUUAUAUAUAAAAUACGUUUUCAUAAAAAAUUUUUUGUUCGCAGGGUUUUUUACCUAAAAAUAUAGGGAUUUUCCAAGGUUUUUUUCGCUCACAGAGGGGGAAUUAGAAGAUAUAACUCAACACAAAUUAUAUCACCCUGCUUGUUAAUAUUGUCUGAGUGUUUGGAAAUCCCAAACAAGCCUGAAUAUGUAACCAUUAUAUAGUGGGACCUAAUGGACCAGCAUGGGUUGAUAGAGCUUUUAGACAAAUUUUUAUAUUUCCAUAUUCUGAAUCAUGAAAUAGUAAUUACAAUUUUAAAAAUCCUGCAAAGUUUUUCUAGCCAAACCUAUCGAAAUUUAGUCGCCUCCAAACUCCACUUUGAAAGGCUAAAUUCGGUCUUGGAUUAUUAUAUAGACGACUUAAACAAAGUAAAGUCAGUGAUCAAUAUUAUUUCGGAACUGAUCACUCUAACACCUAUCCUCAAAUCUGAAGGUCAAUUCAUUCUAGGAGUCGAAAUGCUUAUAAAAAUUCUUGAAAGGCAUAUAGAUUCGAAAAUAGCGAUGGACACUGUUUUUAUGUGCCUUACAAAGGUAGUUGCAGCAGUCCCAGGCAUUCCUGAAGUAUUGAUUAACCCUGAUUCCUUAGAUCUCUAUUGCCAAUCUUUAGCUCUAGCUGACCAGGAUAUUAAAAUUUGUGGGGAAAUACUAAAACUGCUGACGUUAUUAUCAGAAAAAAAUAAAGAGGUUAAAGAUUCUAUAGUAAACAGCGAAGAAUUCAAAGAGAAAUUCAGAUACUUGCUUAAGCUUCAUUCAGUACCUUCGGCAGGAUCACUCGUGGGGCAAGAAAAGCAUAUACAGCAGAUAAGAAAAUACGCAACAGACCUUUUAGGCGUUGCUGAAUAA